GUGUUGAAGUUAGAGAUUUAGGUGUUCAUAGAGUUGUAGAGCCAUGAGUACCUUUGGGUACCACAAGGAGCUGAAGAAGUACGAGGAGGUGGACGAAGACGAGCUGCUGGCCGCUCUGUCCUCCGAGGAGCUCCAGGAGCUGGAAAGGGAGCUGGCCGACCUCGACGACAACGUCCCCAUCGGCCUGAGACAGAAAGACCAGACCACCAAAACCCCAGUGGGGGCCUUCGACAGGGAAGCUCUGCUGAAAUACUGGGAAGACGAGAACAAGAAGCUGCUGGAGGACGAGAGGACAGAGUCCAUAGCUGGACAGGAGGAACGUCCAGAUAAGAGCAGAGGGGAGCGAGUGACACUGACCACCGGCGACGCCAACAAGACUCUGGACAGUGACAGGAAGAAGACUUCACAAAAGGGGAAGAAAGCAAGUGUCUUCAGCAAACAUGAUGGCAGGGAGGCAGAAAAGAAAGACGGUCCGAUUAGGAAUAAAUGUCAUCAGAAGAACGGCCUGUCAAAAGGCUCGAGGAGGACUGAAACCACGGACCAAAACCUGAACACAACCUCUGACAGGCCAAGCGGCAACCCGACAGUCCUUGACAAAACUCUGGAGCAGGUCCUGUGUGACGAUCCCACCGUGGGCGAAGUCAACCUCAACAACAUCGAAGACAUUUCCCAGGAAACCUUGCUUCGUUUUGCUGAGGCCCUGUGCACAAACACUCACGUUCACGUUUUCAGCCUGGCCAACACUCACGCCGACGACCGGGUGGCCUUCGCCAUCUCCAAGAUGCUCUGUGAGAACCGGUUCAUCAGAAACCUGAACAUCGAGUCCAACUUUGUGUCUGGUCAGGGAAUCCUGGCUCUGCUGGCGGCUCUGCAGCACAACAAGACUUUGGUGGAGCUCCGCUUCCACAACCAGAGGCACAUCUGCGGUGGGAAGGUAGAGAUGGAGAUGGUCCAGCUGCUGAGGGAAAACUCCACUCUGCUCAAACUGGGCUAUCAGUUUGACCUCCCAGGCCCGAGGAUGACGGCAACCAGCAUCCUGACACGCAACCAGGACCAACAGCGACAGAGGAGGCUCCAACAGAAAAUGGAACAGAGUCCCCCAGAGGUGUCGGGACAAGGUUCUGGUUCAUCAGCAGAAAACAGACCGCCAAAGAAGCUGUCAAAAACUUCUAAGACUGACGAAAACCAAAACAGGAAUCAUCCUCCUCCUCCGUCUCUUGACCCAUCAACGAGGAAGAUCGCAGAAAUGGUCAAACAGCACGAAGGCUUGAACAACACAAAGAGUCAGUCAAACCAAAGGAAGCCCAAGUCAAAGAAGCUCAAGAACGGUGCCAGUGAAAAGGAGAGCGCCGAUGUUCUCAAAGACCUGAAGAACGCCCUGAAGCCAUCACCGCAGAAGAGGCGAGACGAACCGUCGCACCUGCCGCUGCCACAGAGAUCGAGCCGCAAUGACCUGAUGGCGGCAAUUCGAGGGAGCAGCAUCAGGUCUUUAAAAAGGGUGGAUCCGUCACAGGCCUGAACUCACCUGCGGAUCUCACCUCGACUGAACUCACUCUGCAUCGAAACAUUUCAUUAUUUCGUCACCUCUUUAACGGUUUUAUUUAACUCGUCACACAGUGCAGGAGCAGACUCCAGUUGUGUGUGUGUGUG